CAAGACAGAGAUGAUGUGGCCGGUGGGACCCAAAGCACACCCGGAGGAUGCCCUGCGCUCCGUAACGGCCAGGGAAACUUCUGCAGGAACCUUCCCUGCCCUGAAUGCCUUUCCGUCACCUCUGAGAGCCAAAGCACAGCCUAGAUUGGGGUAACUGGGCCCCGCGGGCAGCCCGCUGCCUGCUUAGGAGGAAUAAAUGAAAGAACUUCAGUCUGCGCUGCCCACGCGCGCGUGCGCGGCCGGCCGGGGAGCGGGCGGUAGGGCUGUGCGGCCUCGCGUGGGCUGCUCGAGGGUGAGGUGUUGAAAUGAGGCAAAGAAGGGAUUUGGGGGUGUAAAAUCAGUGCCGGGUGAGGAGUGACGCUGGGGAAAUCAAAGGCGAGCCAAGCUGAGGAUGGAGAGUGUGCCAAGAUGGGGGGAGCUGGCCAGGACAGACGGAUGUAAGGGGGUAGGGAGAGGCCUGACAGGACACAGCUCGCGUCUGCUGGAGCCUCCUUUCUUCCCUUGUGCCCACCUGCCCGUGUUUGACGUGGCAGCUCUCCCAGUGACUCAUUUGCUCGUUUUGGUGUGUCCUGAUGAAAACGAAGCGGUGGCGUAAUCAAAAGCCACGUGUUGGAAAAGGUGACGUGGGCGCAGUCGCCCUCAAAGCUGACGGCAAAAGGCAGAGCAAGGAGCAGGGAUGACAUUCUGGAUUUAGACCAAAUGAAAAUAAAUCGAAGUAAGUCCGAAAUCUAACAGCACGGCGAACAAGCCUUUGGGUUCGUGCAAGAGCAGAAGUCCAUCGUCGCUGGUCCUUGCAGGCAUCUUCCUGAAGCACACGCACGAGGCUUUCGUGGGUGGGUUAGGGACCGUCUGCAGGAAUCGUCCCUGCUGUAAAAGGUGUUUUUGCAGGUGACAGCAGGCAGCGGUGGUGGUCCCCGUGGGUUGGAACCCGAGGGCACUUCCACACCCCUCUCCCAGCUCCGUGAGCCCCCACCCCGCCCAGGCAUUGUACCAGCCCGGUCCUCCCUUUUCCUGUAGGUGGGGUUUCCAUAGGAAACACGGCUGGUCCACGGCCCGGCCGGCCGGACGCCGCUCCCCGGCUGGAGCGGUGGCCGUCCCCUCCGCUCCAGGCUGAGCGUUUCAGCCCGGGGAGCAGCUGGCUCUCCCGGCUGUCCCCCCGGUGAUGGAGAGGUGGGGGACAACAGCCGGACUCGCUCGCCAUUUCUCCUCCUUUCCAACCGGUGGCCGGCGCCUGCGGGACUUGGUGAUGGGAGAGGAUGCUGAGGGCUUGCGAUCGCCGUAAGGACCGUGCCGCGGGUAUGCGGCGGCGGGCGGGCAAGCCCGCGGCAGCGUGCCGGGGCAGCGGGGCGGUGGGCUUCGCCAACAGCAUGCUGCUGCUGAGCCGCUCCGCUCUCCACCUCCCGGCCCUGUGGUGGUACCUCUUCCUCUCCGCCGAUGCCCAGGAGGUGGCCACGUUCACAGUGCAGUACAGGGUGUUCGAAGAAGUGCCGCCGGGAACGGUGAUAGGGACGCUGGCCGAGCACUUUGAGGGGGGCGAGAGCGGCGAAACAGCGGACGCCUUCCAGCUGAUGGAGACCCCCGGGAGGUUCCUGCUGCACGUGGGGAACGGGGACGGGGUGCUCAGCACGGCCGGGCGGGUGGACAGGGAGCAGCUGUGCCGGCACACUGAUCCCUGCUGGGUCUCGUUUGAUGUGCUGGCUGCCCGAAACCUGGCUCUGGUUCACGUGGAGGUUCAAGUGCUGGACAUCAACGACAACGCGCCGCGGUUCCCCACGCCCGAGCUGGAGCUGGAGAUGUCGGAGAGCGCAUCCCUGCAGACGCGGAUCCCGCUGGACCGAGCCCUGGAUGCCGACGCCGGCCCCAACGCCCGCUGCUCCUACGCCCUCUCCCCCAGCGAGCACUUUGCUCUGGAGGUCGUCGCCAGCUCUGAUGGGACGAGGCAUGCGGAGCUCGUUGUGGUCAAAGAAGUGGACCGGGAGCUGCACUCCUCCUUCGACCUCGUGCUGACAGCCACCGAUCAUGGGGAGCCACCAAAAUCAGGUACCGCUUUAAUUAAAGUCAUCGUCCUUGACUCCAAUGAUAACAGCCCCGUCUUUGCGGAGAGCUCUUUGAUGGUAGAGGUUCGGGAGGAUGCUCUGCCCGGGACCCUCCUUGUGAUGGUCACGGCCACUGACCCCGACCAGGGCCCCAACGGGGAGAUCGAGUACAGCCUGAGCAAGCACGCGCCCCCGGAGGUGCUGAGCGCUUUCGGCAUCGAUGCCCGCACAGGCAGCAUCAUCCUGAAGCACCCUCUGGACUACGAGGAAACCCACGCCUACGAGCUGGACGUGCAAGCCCGGGACCUGGGGGCCAACCCCAUCCCAGCGCACUGCAAGGUCUUGGUCAAAGUCCUGGACGUCAACGACAACGCUCCCGACGUCCACGUCACCUGGGCCGCGCGGGCACCCGUGCUCUCCGAAGCCCUCCCCAAAGACAGCUUCGUGGCUCUGGUGACGGCCAGCGACCCCGAUUCGGGAAGCAACGGGCAAGUGCAUUGCUCCCUCAGUCAAGGGUACGAGCACUUCAGGUUGAAGAGGACCAACAGCCACAGCUACGUGCUGAUGACCAACGCCACGCUGGACAGGGAGCUGCGUGCCGAGUACAACCUGACACUGGUGGUGCGGGACCAGGGUGACCUCUCCUUGGCCGUGCUGAAGCACCUCACUAUCUGCAUCAGCGACGUCAACGACAACGCCCCCUCCUUCGAGAAGGCCGCCUACGAGGUUGCCGUUGCUGAGAACAGUGAAGCACCUGCCUUCUUGCUCACCGUCCGUGCCACCGAUCCUGACCUGGGUUUCAACGGGAAAAUCACCUACAGCAUCCUGGACUCGUCCGCUUCAGGUCUGGUCUCAAUCGACCCUGUGACUGGGGAUGUUUUUGCCCUCCAAGCUUUCGAUUACGAGCAGGUGAGGAGCCUGGAGUUCCUGGUGACUGCAGAGGACGGUGGUCACCCCAAGCUGGUGUCCAACGUCUCCAUCAGGCUGGCUGUGCUGGACCGGAACGACAACGCGCCCGUCAUCACUGCGCCGGUGCUGGUGGGAGGCGCGGCCGCGCUCUCCAUCCUGGUCAGUGCGGACACGGGGUGCUUCUGGGUGGCCCCCGGGAACGGGAGCGCCCAAGGAGUCGCAGCGGUGGCCAACGCAACACUCCUGUCAUGUGCCGGCGCUUCCCUCCUCUUCACCAUCGCAGCCAGGGACGUGGACUCUGGCAUCAACGGGGCCCUCCGGUACGAUCUGGUGGGUGGGGAUGAUGCUGGGCUUUUCAUCCUGGACCCUCUCCUGGGGCAGGUCUUCCUCAACGCCAGCAACGCCAGCAGCCUCGCUGGCAGCGAGCGGGAGCUGGUGGUCCGGGUGAGUGACGGGGGGGACAUCCCCCUGCACACCCUGGCCCGGGUCCGCUUAGUUUUCCGGCAUCACGGGGCGUUCUCCAAAAUCUCAGCCCACGAUCCCGGGUGGCUGAGCCCUUCUGUGGUGGCUGUUAUCUGCCUGGCCGCCCUCCUGGGUGGGUGCCUUCUCCUUUUGGCUUUAACCCUGUCUUUGCGUAAGAAGGAGAAGAAGGACGGCAUGGCCUACAACUGCAGGGAGGCAGAGGAUGCCCGCAGGCAGCAGCAGCUCAAGAAGCCUCACAGGCAGAUCCAGAAGACGGAUAUCCACCUCGUCCCGCUGCUCCGGGGCCGGCCCCGGGAGGCUGAGCCCCCCAGUCCCUGCCAGGAGGAUCUGCCUGGCACAGCUGCCCCCGCGCCGGGGGGAUCCCCGCAGCCUCCCCUCCACCUCACCCCCACUCUCUACAGGACCCUGAGAAAUCAGAGGGCCCAAAAAGACUCAGAUGAGCAGCAGGGCACCUUCAACCUGCCCGUCCUGCAGCGCCGGCCCUGCCAGCCCCACAGACCAAAAAAUUCUGCAAAGGAGGUCGCGAGCCCUCCGGAUGCGCCACCGCAUUGCAAGAGCUUGGUGAAGCCACCACAGGGGCCCGUGGGAGGGUCCCCGCUGCCACCCGACCAGCCCGUGGGUGCUGGGGGACCUGGGCAGCCCCAGCCCCACCAGCACAUCCUCAGGAGCCUGGUCCGGCUGUCACUGGUGGCACUGGCGGAGCAGAGCCCCACCGGCGAGUUCGCAAUGGAGUCACCCCCCGUGCAGCAAAUCUCCCAGCUGCUCUCCCUGCUGCACCAGGGCCAGUUCCAGCCCAGAACAAACCACAGGGGAAACAAGUACGCAGCCAAGAACGGCAGCAGGGCUGCGGGGCUGGAUGCCGACUGCCUGAGCACGAAGGACAGCGGGCACGGCGAGAGCGAGGCGGAGGACCGCGACUCGGAGAGCGCGUUUGAGCUCUCAGUGCAGCAGCUGGUGGGAGAGGAGCUGGAAACUCUCCUGGAGCCGCAGGCAGAGCUGGCCCUCAAGAGGCUGACGGCUGCUGACCCAGCAUGGGUGGCUCGGCUCUCCUUGCCCCUCACCAGUAGUUACAAGGACAACGUCUUCUCCCCCGACUCUCUGCAUUCACCUCAGGAUGAGGAAGCUGCAAAGCAGGAGAAACCAAGGACCUUUGAGACCUUCGGCAAAGGUGCUGGGGCUGACUCGAAUGCCACGGGGACAAGACUGGCCAGCACUUUCCUUUCAGAAAUGAGCACCCUCUUUGAAAUGAUUUUGUCCCAGAAGGUUCAAGCUCACAAUGAAACAGGCUCGGGGCUUCUGCGGCAGCUGUCAGCACGUGGGAAGAGUCUUGGACUGGAAGACAGUGCUCCUGUUCUGUAGGCAGCUCGGCGGCUGUGAUAAGGAGACAAGAGUCAGACAGAGCUUCUUGCUGCAUUUGGGGUGCACACAUGUGCUUUAACAGGGUCAUUGUAUCAUCCAGCUCCAGACUGAUCACAACACGCACAUUUCUUCCUUUGCCUCACCCCAUCAAAUUUCCCUUUGUUUAGUUCCCUUCUACCUGCCCUGUUCUUGCCUUACUGGCUUCCCUCCUCUUCCACCCUCAUCUUUCACCUCACCAUCACACCACAGUCACACCACAGCUGGAGGGCCCUUUCCUCCCUGGGCAGGCCGAUUUGGGGCAGGGGGGGUGUUAGAUUAACCACAAGCACACCACAGUCAGCUACAUCCACGUGAUCACAGACUGUGCACCAUAGAUGAUAAAAUAUUGCAGUCAUGGACUUUGCAACAUGCUGCAGAGUUGGGCUCCAGGAUUUCAGUUCUUAUUUAAAUAAAACUGUUUUUUUCUAACACUA